AUGGCCGAAAAACUUCAAAAAUUCAGACACGGAAACGACGCUAAUGCUACAAGACCUGCUAGAACCCCGAGGCAGCGAACAACAGAAGAUGCCGACCUAUCGGUAACCACGGGUUCUGGUGAGCCAAAUACGAAUAGCGAAGAACUGAAAGCAGACAUUUUACGGUCAUUGAGAGGAGAUAUCGCUAAGGUGAUAAGAGACAAACUUAAAGGUGAAUUGGCGGAUGAUUUCCAAGCUAUAAAAUCCGAACUGCAAGCGGUCCGCUCUGAAAUUGCUAGCAAUUCAAAGGCAAUACAAGCUGAAGUGGAUACCAUAAAAACGGAGGUUCUGGACUUAAAGAGUGAGAUCCUGAGGAGAGCUCGCAGCAGAGCUCCGCUCUCUUUCAACGGGCACCGUGUUUCCUUUUUCCCCGACUACACGACGAGC